AUGGACGAAUUAGCCGCAAUUAGUCUUGCUGGUGAAGAGCCUGUUGGUUUUGGUGGCGGGAGUGAUGAAGAAUCCCAUGCGGCUAACGACGAAGAACUGCAUAACUUUGCCGUUGAUGAUUCUGCAGAGGGAAACAGUGUGGUGGUCAGAAAGAAGCGGAACGGAAAGGCCGUACUCGAGACAGAUGAGGAAGGCCUUACUCAGAGAGAAAAAGGUGAAAGCAGCCGGUCAGCAAGUAUAGACAGUGCCUUGAAAGACGUCCGCUACGAGGGUGAUGGAGUUUUUGUCGGCCGGAUAUUCAGGAACAAGGUUUGUCGCAGGCCAAAAAUGACCGGGUCCUAUAGAGAUUCAGUGAAUCAUGCUACAGGAGUUCCAGAUGGGAACUUCCAAAUCUUCCCUAUUGCUUAUGCCGUCGUUGACAGCGAGAAUGAUGCAGCCUACGAAUGGUUCUUCAGGUGUCUGCAGACGAUCAUAAAGGAUGACAGAGGAGUGAUGUUCAUCUCCGAUAGACACUCAUCAAUCUACUCGAGACUGAGAAAGGUGUACCCGUCCGCUGUGCAUGGUGCGUGUUUAGUACAUCUAGCGAGGAACGUGACAACCCGAUUUAAAGAGAGUAGAUUGCCUGCAUUAAUGGUCCUAGCAGCAAAGGCUUAUACGGUGUUUGAGUUCGGACAACUAUUUGGCGAGCUGCGAAGCGUUAACCCGGCAUGUGCCGAGUACUUAACUGAGUUGGGGCUUCCUCACUGGACGAGAGCAUACUCUGUCGGACAACGGUACAAUGUCAUGACAACCAAUGUUGCCGAGUCGCUGAACAAGAUGAGCCUCAUGGGCUGGUUUGUAAGGAGAAGGGCUAAACACGCUGCUGAGAUACAUCCCCUGACAAGUAAAGUGCGAGACAUCAUGGACGAAAACUUUUUUGAAUGCACCAAAUUGAAGGUGAUCGUGGUAAACCAGAAUGAGUUUGAAGUUUACGACCCAAGUGGAGUUAGGUUUGAAGUGAAUCUGCAGUCCAAAAUAUGUAGCUGCAGACAGUUCCAAAUGCUACUUAUACCCUGUUGCCACGCAUUGGCUGCCAGCUCGUACGGUCAGAUUGAUAACAAUAUCCUUGUCGGAGAAGUAUACACAACAGGUUUUAUGAGAUCGCUGUACGAGGGGGUUUUCCAUCCAGUACCAACACCUGUAAGUACUGGUGAGCCUGAACUGCUUCCUCCAAUAAUGCGCCGACCACCUGGACGUCCAAGAAAAACCAGGAUCCCAUCUCGUGGCGAAUUCAAGAGACGUUCGAAAAAGAAAGCGGUCAGACUUUGCACAAGGUGUCUUGGUCGUGGUCACAACAGAGCAUCCUGCAAACUUCCGGCGAAGGAUAAAUGA